AUGGAUCACCCGCAAACCCCCCGCAUCAUCGCCCCGCACCUCUCCGAAUUCCAACACCGCAUCGUACGCAUACUGGGCAAAGUCGUGCAAUUACGCGGCGAAACGGCCGUGAUUGAUGCUGGAGGCAAUAUCGAUGUUAUUUUAACUCGGGAUUCGCAUCUCACGGUUGGUCAUGCAGUAGAGAUUAUCGGCAAGGUGGAUCAGAAUUUGCACGUCAAGGUGCAGGCUGCGACGGAUUUUGGGACGGGUGUUGAUUUCGACGCAGCGAUGGCAGUGGUGGACGUUACACAUCGGUACAAGGAGAUUUUCUACGACGGUAACUAA